AUGGCCACCCCUACUUACGACUCAGCUGACAUUCUUCGCUGGAUGAGGGAUGUCUCUGGAAUUUUGGAGGACAUAAGCUCAUCCGAAGGAGAGGUCUCGAUUUCUCCUGGGAUCAACCAAACACAAGUGGCCUCUUCUGAUACCGCUUACAUCGCUGACCGGUCUGCUUCUGGAAGUGGAUCGUUGGCAAGCGAAUCUGGAGAGACACUAGUUCUGACGACAAAACCAACAUGUACCAAACGCUCCUCGAGGUCUGAAGACGGGACUGACAAUGAGAGUAUCAAGAGACGUAGGUGCAGCUAUGUUCAGUCGCCCACUUUGAUACAAAGCCCGUGGGAAUCUGCGACCGGUUGCCAUAUGUACCACCGAAAUAGCUGUCGCUCAAAGAAGGUGAAGACGGUUACAUCGUCUUACUGGCCAGAUAUUCGCGACGACUAUGCCAGAUCACUUCAUGAUCCGAGCAUCAAAUGUUGCAUUCCUUGUUCCAUCUGCCAUGAGGAUUGCGCAGACGAAAGCACGUCUUGGAAAGUCGGAUGGGAACUUCCCGUUAUCCUUGCUUGCGGCCACAUGAUUGGAGAAGAAUGCCUCAAAUCGUGGUUCAGGUCGCGGGCAAGAAUGGACGAGCCAAAGAACUGCCCAGUGUGCAGAAGAUUACUCCAGUGCUCCGAAUGCAAGGGAGCCUUCAUGUUCUCGAUCCUUUGUCGUGACUCUUACGUCCCGAAUCUGAAGACCAAAACCUGUAGCGAGCAGCCCAUGGAGCAGACUAUUUGCAACGAUUGCCAGGCCGAGACUGAUUUCGGAAGUCGCAUUCUCCAAGGCGAGCACAUUGCCGAGCCAUUUCCCCGCGGUGGCGCUCCUCAACACAUGAUAGAUUGGUUCCGUCAAGUAAGAGAUGAGUUUGAGACCAAAGCAAAGUUGAGCUUGGGCGACGGCGUGAGGCCGAUUGACGUCUCCGGCAUGGUUCACAAAGAGAUCUUUGCCGAGAUGGAAUCGUGGUUGUACUUUCUCAAGGAGGACGUGACUCACAAAGUACAGGCAAGCAUCGCCAAAAUUGAGACACAGCUAGAUGAAACCCACUGGUGGAAUCGCGCUGGAGUGGACGAGGAAGAAGAGUGCGGCAUCACCCCAGGCUAUGGUAUCAGCGGGGAUGGGGAUGAGGAUCAUGGGGAGGACGGUAUGGGUUACGAGGGCUUUGAUGGCCGCUGGCAUGGCGAUGAGACUCACGCUGAGGACAGGAGUUACGACGCCGGCAAUUAUACUUGGUGA